CCGGAACUGCGUCUGGCUCGGGCUUUUUUAAUUCUAUGAGACAACAGCAGGCCCCUCCACAACAGCAGCAGCAGCAGCAGCAGCAAAUAGCCAGCUCCAUCCGCGGCGGAAUCCCGCAGUACCCCGGUCCCAACGCCGCUCAGCACUCUGCAUACUCCCAGCAGCAGCAACAGCUGUUUGCAUCCAUGUCUAUCGACAAUACCCACAGCGUCAAUAGCUCCGGAUCAUCAAUGCGCUCUCCCUCAGCCGCGUCCAACCAAAGCAUCAACACAGAUCCCUCCCAGCAACAGCAACAACAACAGCAGCAGCAGCAGCAGGGUAUGGCUACCAAUGGCCUGCCCAGUGCCAACCAGAACCCUGCCUCAUCGGUCAAGCGUUCCGGCAUUCUGGUCAUCCGCGUUAUGGAGGCGCGCAAUCUGGUUUACCCGCCUGGGUCUCAGCAGCUGAUGGCUCGCUACGCUCCUUACAAAAACGAAGCCCAUCAGCGUCCAUAUGCUGUUGUCGAGUUUGACAAGAACGAAGCUGUUGUUACCAGUCUUGGUGGUGACAUGCAAAAUCCUAUUUGGAAAUACCGUGUCAGUUUUGAUGUCUCGCGCACAAGUCCUGUGAUGGUCUCACUCUACCAGCGCACGGCCGAGCUGCAGCACCAGCGCACCCCCCAGACCCGCGGCUUCCAGAGGUUUGGAAACGGAAACAGCACCAACGCUGCCAAUGGUCAAGGACGCACCACACAGCAGCAGCAGGUGCAGCCUACCAACAGCGGUCAGUCCCAGGCCAUCACCACGGGCGCCAUCUUCCUGGGCGCCGUGCAGAUCAUGCCCGAUUUUGCCGACAACCGCCUCUAUGACGACUGGAUCCCGCUGCUGGGCGGCGCCGGAAACUCUGGCCACAUUCGCGUCCAGUACUGCUUCAACAAGAAGGACUCGACCCCCCUCAACAUUGAGCAAUUCGACCUACUCAAGGUCAUCGGCAAGGGCAGCUUCGGAAAGGUCAUGCAGGUGCGCAAGCGCGACACCAACCGCAUCUACGCAAUGAAGAUUCUGAGCAAGUCAAAGAUUGUCAUGCGCUCCGAGGUUGCCCACACUCUGGCCGAGCGCAACGUGCUUGCCAAAAUCAACCAUCCCUUCAUUGUGCCCCUCAAAUUCUCGUUCCAGACACCCGAGAAGCUGUACCUCGUCCUGGCUUUCAUCACUGGUGGCGAGCUCUUCCAUCACCUGCAACGCGAGGGCCGCUUUGACCAGCACCGCAGUCGCUUCUACGCCGCCGAGCUACUCAGCGCCCUCGACUGCCUGCAUUCGUACAACGUUAUCUACCGCGAUCUCAAGCCCGAGAACAUUCUUCUGGACUACAGCGGCCACAUUGCGCUGUGUGACUUUGGACUGUGCAAGCUGAACAUGGGCGAUAACGAGACAACAAACACGUUCUGCGGCACCCCUGAGUACCUGGCCCCCGAGCUUCUGCAGGGCCGCGGCUACACGAAGACCGUCGACUGGUGGACCUUUGGCGUGCUGCUCUACGAGAUGAUGACUGGCCUGCCGCCCUUUUACGACGAGAACGUCAAUGAGAUGUACCGGCGCAUUCUCGAGGACGAGCUUGUUUUCCCCGAGGACAUGGGUAACCGCGCAAAGUCGCUGCUGCGUGGCCUACUCCAGCGUGACCCGCGCCGCCGCCUGGGCAACAAUGGCGCUGCCGAGAUCAAGGAGCAGCCGUUCUUUGCCGAGAUCAACUGGGACUAUCUGAUUGGCAAGCAAUACGAGCCGCCAUUCAAGCCCAGCGUGGCGUCGGCUAACGAUACCAGUAACUUUGACGAGGAGUUCACUGCUGAGCCUCCCAAGGACUCGUACAUCGCUGACUCGAACCUUUCGGAGACUGUUCAGGAACAGUUUGUCGGAUUCACUUAUGAUGGCAGUGGCGGCGCCAUGUCACUUGCACAGAGCAUGACCAUGAACAAUAUUGAUAAUUACCGCAACUAGAUUCAAAUUUUUAAUAUUUCAAUAUUAGCACCAUUAAUUGUUGCAUUCUUUUAUUUCAAAAACAUUUUUUAAUUAAUUUUUUAUACAAUUCUC